AUGGAGGACGAGAUGGAGGAGAUGAACUGGGGGGCUGUGGAGGACCAACUGUCGGGCAUUCAGGACGUGUGGAAGGAGCCGCGGUUCGACACGCUGCCGCACGUGGUGGCGGUGCUGACGUCAGGGUACCCGCAGGACGACAUGGCGAGCCUGGCGAAGCUGCGCGACACCAUAGAGGUGCUCGUGGAUGACGUCGUGCAGGCGUACCAUCAAGGGUUCAACAAGGCCAUUCACAACUACUCGCAGAUUCUGAAGCUGUUCAGCGAGUCAGCGGAGCAGAUGAGCGAGCUCAAGGCGAGUCUGGCGGAGGCGAGGCGGCUGCUGAGCAACCGACACAAGCAGCUGCAGCAGCUGUGGUGCCGAUCAAUCACGCUGCGCCACGUCAUCUCCCUCAUCGACCAGAUCGACAGCGUCUCCAAGGUGCCAGCGCGCAUAGAGCAGCUGGUGGCGGAGGGGCAGCUGUAUGCUGCCGUGCAGAUUCACCUGCAGUCCAUCUCCACGCUCGACAGAGAGGGCAUCUCCCAGAUCGGAGCGCUGAGGGACAUUCGCAAUGAGCUGGCGAACACGAAGCUGCUGCUGUUCAACCGCGUGAUAGAGGAGCUGCAUGCGCACCUGUACAACAAGGGCGAGCAUAGUUUAAAGAAGGAAGCCGCUACGGACGAUGAUGAUGACAUCAGCAACCUUGUGCCAGUGGCUGUGCCGGCCGCUGCCCCGCUACAUCCGUCGCUUGCCGCCCAGGGCAUCUCCCUGCCCGCCCCCUCCAAGCCCUCCCGCACGCGUGGCCGCAGCGCCCGGGCCCGCGGAGGUCUGAACGUGGAGACUGGGAGCGCGGUGAGUGAGGACGAUGACGGCACAGUGAGCUCGCCCACGCGCAGUGAGGCGUCGGGCACGUCCGCCCCGGGGGGAGGGGAGGUGGUGGUGAGGCGCGCCCACGUGCCGCCUCCCAAGUGGCUCACUGAAGCCACCUCCAACGAGUUCGUGGAGUCGUUGACCAAGAGGGAGGUGCCGGAGCACGACAAGUACAUGCAGACGCUGGUGGAGUGCAUUGCCCUGCUCGGCAAGGUGGCUGCUGCUGGCGCCGUGCUCAGUCAGCGUGUGCGGGGGUCGGUGAGGGAGAUCAUUCUCAACGAGAUCAAGGACUUUGCAGCAGCAGCAGAUGCAGCACGUCCGCGAGUGGAGCAGGUGAGCAAGCGCUCUCAAGCUGCUACCUCCACUCCCCACUCGGCGGCCUCCACGCCCUCCUCCCACUCCACCUUCUCCUCCUCCUCCGCUGCCUCCCGCUCCUCCUACUCAUCCUACCCCCUCCGCUCCUCCAACCCGCGCGGUAUCACGGACCGAGCAGUGGUGGCGGGAGGGGGAGGGGCGGGCGGAGGGGCGGGGGGAGGGGCAGGGGCAGGGCUGCAUGCGCCAAACGGGGUGGCGCAGGUGGUGGCUCAGGAGCUGCUGGAAUCUAUUAUGAAGAAACUGACCGUCAUUCUAGAGAACCACAUAGUGGUGGGCGACCUCAUGGAGGCCAAGGCGUCAGACCGCGCGGGGGAUGUGCGGCGCACGCCGGAUGGGGACGAGGCGGUUAGCAAGUUCAGCGCCAGCACGGGCGGCUACAGCGUCGCUUUCGUCUGGUCCUGCAUGCAGAGCGAGUGCCAGCAGUUGCUGUGCGACAUCCUGAGGGCCAACCCGGACGGCGGCUCCUCUGAGACCUCAGGCCGCACCGCCCAGCUCAAACUCGACUCCGGCGGCAGCACCAAGGGAGCCAUGCUCACCUUCAGCUUCCGUUUCACCGACUCCAACACCGCCUCCGCUCCUGCUGCAGCGGAGUCGCUGCCGAAGAGGCGGGUGGGGGGCAUGGCGGGGGGAGCGGGCGCACUGGAGGGGUAUGGCACGGCACAGCUGCUGCCAGAGCGAGGCAUCUACCUCACCUCCGCCUGCUACCGCCCCACGCUGCAGUUCACUGAAAAAGUUACGCAGAUGCUGCCACGCAAAUACUCCGACCUGGGCCGGUCUGGCCUGCGUCCCUUUAUGGACAGCUUCGUUAAGGACCAGUUCCUGCCCUGCGUUCGCGACGACUACCGCAACCGCGUUGCCGAGGCCCUCUCCAGCCCCUCGGCCUUCCGCCCUCGAGCCAAGACCAUUGGCAUGUACGAGCCAGCAGCUGAGAAAGGCCGCCCGCUGCUGCAGGGGCCAGUGGCGGUGGAGGGGGUGGUGGAGGAGGUGGUGGAGUGGGCCAAGGCCAUGCCCGUGUAUGCGGGGGAGUUUGUGGCACUUGUUCACACACUCCUUGACAGGACUCUGGAGCGCUGCCGGGGUGUUUAUACCGAGGCUGUGCUCGGCUCUCUCAGCAGCAACCUAGUGGGCCGCCCGGACAUCGACAACCUGAUGCAGCAGCAGGCGGCAGCCAAUCUGCUAACGGACGGCGAUCUGCCGCCCGCUGAGCUGGAAGCCGCCCGGGAGGACCCGCCUCUGGACAGCGAGGCGUACGAGCUGGACCUCGAGAUCUACGGGAAGCUGCUGGCCUUAAGGCCCAUCAAGGAGGAGCAACUGAUUCUGGAUACCGGCAAGCUGGUGCUGCUGGCAGCUUUGAGUGACACGCUCGAGUACUUUGCCGAUGCCAUCCUGCGUCUCGGGCGGCCGAAAACAGCAGGCAGUGCGAGGAAGAAGUCGGCAGCAGCAGCGAGGCAGCAGAGGGCGCCGGCGCUGACAGCUUCACUGCAGCAGCUGGCGGAGCGCUACCGGCUGCUGGCGAGAGAGGCGCUCAGGACACUACGUGUGGAGAUGCAGCUGCACUGCAUCUUCCACCUGCAGUUCAUGCCGACUCGUGGCUACGUGAACGAGAUUGAUGCAGAGGAGCCAGAGGACUUCAUUGUCGCUCUCACUGCUCAGCUCACGCGAGUGGACGAGGAAAUGACAGUUUUUAUCGCGCCUGCCCGUCGCUACUACGUCUUCGGGGGCGUCUGCAGCCUCGCUGCAACGGGCCUUAUCCGGGCUUUGGCGGAGCUGCCGGGGAUCAACUCGUUGGGAGUGCGGCAGGUUCAGCGUAACUGCAUCGCCCUGCAGCAGACCCUGGCGACGCUGAACGCGAAUGGCAGUCAGAGCGUGCAGCUGAGUCUGGACCGCGUGGGCGAGUAUUAUGAGCUGCUCAACCGCCCCUAUGAGGCGCUGCUGGCAUACAUCAAGGAUCACAACCGCUACUUCUCCGUCGAUGAGUACCUUACCCUGAUCAAGGUGCGAGUGCCUGGAAGGCACGUGCCAAAGGAUGCAACGGAAACGAUUAAGGAGCUUUUGCAAGAGGGCUGA